AUGACUCCACAACAUACAAUCUGGCGACAAGUGUACAGAGCACUCUCCAUGGCACGUUUUGAUGGAAAGGUUGCUAUUGUCACAGGGUCCUCUUCUGGGAUAGGAGCGGGGACAGCUCGGUUAUUUGCAAAAGAAGGAGCAAAGGUGACGAUAACUGGAAGAAAACCGGAAGGCCUUGAGGUGAAGUAUGCGAUAUGCUGCUCUUAUGCUUCUUCAGAAUAUAACCUUAACGUUGUUAUGGCGGAUGUCACCGAUGCCUUAGGAAGAGAGAAUAUUGUCACAAGCACAAUUCAAAAAUGGGGAAAAAUUGACAUUUUGGUAAAUAAUGCUGGUGGGUUAUUGCGUGAUGAGCAUGGUUCUGGUGGAAUCAGUGCGGAUGCGGAGGUGUUGAAAAGAACAAUGGAUCUAAAUUUCUACAAAAAAUUCGAGGAUACACCGGAUUACCUGCCGAUAGGAGAAAUUGGGAAACCGGAAGAUAUUGCGAAUAUUAUUGCAUUUUUGGCGGAUCGUAGCGCAUCACGCUAUAUCAUCGGCCAAACAAUUGUUGCUGACGGUGGUUCCAUGCUUGUUAUCGCUUCAAAUCCAUCUGGAGUCAAAAGGAAGCUCCUCUUCUGGCAUCGGAGCAGGUACAGCGCUACUCUUCGCAAAAGAAGGUGCAAAGGCUCCUCUUCUGGCAUCGGAGCAGGUACAGCGCUACUCUUCGCAAAAGAAGGUGCAAAGGUGACAAUCACUUCAAAUAAAACUGAAGAACUCGAGGCUACAAAAAAAUCUAUUAUCAGUAAUUCUGGGUGUAGCGAGGAUGACAUAAACGCUGUAGCUGGCGAUAUUCUCGAUGAUGCUGUAAAGGAAAAAAUCGUUUCCAGCACCGUUGAAAAAUGGGGCAAAAUUGACAUUUUGGUAAACAACGUUGGUGGAAUGUUUGUCGAUGAACAUGGUUCUUGUGGACUUUCUGGUAGCAUUGAUUAUCUAAAGAAAACGAUGGAACUUAACACCUAUAGUGCGGCACGAAUGGUUCAGCUAGCUCGUCCAUAUCUGGUCCACGCUAAAGGAGAAAUUGUUAAUGUCUCCAGCAUGAGCGCGUUACCCUUUGGGACCCCAAGGUGGGCUUACUACGGUAUGGCAAAGGCUGCACAGGAUCAAUUAACCCGUGCGUUAGCUGUUGAACUUAUCGCCGAAGGAGUUCGUGUCAAUGCUGUUCAGCCUGGAAUCACAAAAACCAAUUUCUGCCUGACAGCCGGGAUGAAGCUAGAAGUCGCACUAGAGGUAAAAUAGUU